GUGCAGUUGCCUUCAAGUCCACUCGGAAAACACAGGUAUUUUUAAGCAGCUCGACAUCUACAGGCGACAAUCGAGAACGUUAUGGAUUUGUUGCAUUUUGUCAACCGUGGUGUCUGAUUCCAUUCUAAAAAAAAUCCAUUCUUAUCGGUUCUAUUUUUGAUUUAGCUACAAAUCAUCGCUUAUGUCUAACUGGCCCUGAAUGCAGCAAGCCAAGUGAGCAGGUAGCGGCUGUAAAUGAGAUUCCCCCGGUGGCGCGGAGAGAGCGACAAGCACACGAGAGAGUUGAUGAGUGGGACGGUGUCUUUGCGGACGCUUGUGUUGUGAACUGUACGUGCCGUCUCUCAAGUUGACCGACUUCCGCACGCUGCGGUGCUUCUUUCUAUGGCACCCGCUGAUGACCGACUUGGGAGGAACGUAUCCACUUUCGCAGAAGUCAUUCAAAGCGCGAAUUGACUUGGGAAUAACUUUGAACUGACGAACGGAAGGAAGGAAGGAAACGAGCCAACGGACGGACUUUACGCAAGUGUGUCCGCGAUAAUUAAAUUCUUUUGGGAACAACAAUGUUCGCGCGGUUGAGGUCGUAAACAUGUUACUUAACCGUUUGGCUCGGCUGUGAUCUAGCCGCCACGGCUGAGGCAACCUGAAACGGGCCGUCUUUGAAGUUCAACUUGUCUCUUCCGCGUGCGUGAACAAGUGCGUGUGAAAGUGCACGAGUGCGUGCGCGUAUGCGAAUGAGUGUGUGUGUGUGUGUCUGUCGGUGCGGGGUGAAAAAUGUGGCGCCCUCGGGACUCGCUAUCUGGGGACGCCGCUUGUCAACUCUCAACGCGGUUUUGGUAAAGGUGCAGCGAGUGACGUUGUGGAUUAUUAUGAUGAUUAGAUCAACCUCAUUGCUAUCAAGGAGAAGUGAAGUUAAAUGAAAUUCGACUCGUGCGUGGAUAGGUGCUGGGCUUUUCUUCGCGCGCGGACACGUGCGGAGACUUAUUGGUGGCAACUCGGAGCAUGAAUUUCAACUUUUUUUUUCAUUUUUAUAAUUUUUAUUUUUUCUUUGGAUAUGCAGCUGAAUGCACGCUUGAUUAUUAACUCUGAAUGGAAGGACCGGGACGUUCACGCGUGAGCUUGGAUUGUGGUGCCUAAAGAAGCACAAGAAGAAAAAAAAGAGAAAAAAGCUUCCGACUUGUUUUCCUGCUGCCUGCUUUGAAGUCCACCAUGUGCGGCCGGGCUCCGCCGCUUCAGCCGAGGCCAUGACCGUCCCCCCGUGGCGCCUGGCCGGGCUCUGGCCGUGGCUGCUGAUGACGGCCCUGCAGGUGGUGCUGGGCCAGCCGGGCCCGGAAUCCGAGCGGCCGGCCCUACGAGCGCUCAUCAAGGUGACGCUGCUGAAGCACGAGCCGACUGGGCGUCCCAUCACUCUGGAGGGGGUGUUCGUGGGAGGAAGCGCCGGCGACGCGGAGGGGAAACUCAUGCAGUACCACCCUCUGUCACUGUGCAACACAAGCGAAGAUGAACGGCAAGAGAGCGACUUCAUCACCAUCGUCAAACUGGAGCAGAGGGUUCCUCGCUGUCUGCCGCUGCUGGAUAAGGCCCGCAUGGCACUGGAAAAGGGAGCUCAGGCGGUUAUUUUCGAUGUCAGCGAUGAUGCCCACGCGGCUGUCGAGCUGAGAGAAACAGACUCCCUUCCCCGCCCGGUCGUGCUGGUGGAUGCUGACGAUGCGGAGGAGUUGAUGGCUCUGGUCAACAAGAACGAGGAGGCUAAAGUUCGUAUCGAGAUAUUGGUGGAGCCCAGAUGGCCACAUUAUGACGUGGGUAUCCUGCUCACCAUUGUCUUUGCAAUCGUGACCAUCAUCCUCAUCUUUGCUUUCCGCUACAAAUGCAAGUCCAAUAGAACUUGGGACUCGGUGCAUCAGCAGACCAUGCGGGCAAUUAGUCGAUUGGAGACCAAAACCUACAUCUCUCAGGGGUGCUCAGGCUCACAGCGACCCCGUGGGGCCUGGGGUUCAGCGAGCAGCUCCAACUCCACCCCAGUCUGCGCUAUCUGCCUGGAGGAGUUCCAGGAUGGCCAGCAUCUCAGGAUCAUCUCCUGCGCUCACGAGUUUCAUAAAGAUUGUGUUGAUCCCUGGUUACUACAGCACCGCACCUGUCCUCUGUGCAUGCACAACAUCAUGGGGGCGGAGAGGCAUGCACAGAGGAACCGACACCAGUCCAGUCCAGAACAGCGUUUCCUCCACCCUCAGCCUUACAGCAGUCCACGAAACCACCCGUUCCCCCAGCAUGACAUCCCAUUUUCUAUGAGGCCACUUUAUCCUCGUGGUCCCUCGGGCUCGUACCCCCCUGUUGGCCACUACAAUUCCUCCUCUCCCAUGGACACCCAAACCCUACGUUUGCUGACCAGCAGGCCACUGGGUGUCCCCUGUGGGUACCACCUUCCAGCAGAGGGUCCCAGGAGGCCUCACAGGACUGGCGGUAACUGCAGGACUUCUACUCACCACUACACCCCCCGCCGGUCCUGUCACAACUACCGCUCAUCUUGCCCAGCUCAGCGCAGCGCUUCCAACUCCAGAGUGCACCACAUCGCCUCACUCACCCCACAAAGCCGCGGAGUGGCGGCCCAUGGUCGACUGGACGAGGGCAGCUGCUCCGGCGGCAGCUACCACACGGAUCGCAGUGGAUAUUUGGCCGACGGGCCGGCGAGUGACUCGAGCUCAGGGCCGUGCCACGGCUCCUCCAGCGACUCAGUUUUGAACUGUACUGACGUUUCCUUGCAGGGAGUUUACGGCAGUUGGUCCACUUUCCGCAGCUCACUGAGUAGCGACUACGAUCCAUUUGUGUAUUAUGGGCCGGGCUCCGUGGAAGUGGAAGCCCACGGCCGGCCCAGGUCUCUGGAUUCUGUGGUGAACAAAGUUGGCUGCUCUGAGGAGCAACCUCAGACUGUGUUUAGCCACAUCCACUACCACCGCCAUAGACACCACCACUAUGAUGAUGGGGAGCACAGCCAGGACCCAAGCAGAGGCUCAGAUGAGGAGCAGGGGGCCGGUGCAGCCGCAGCACCUCCUGCACUCGUCUUGGAUAAAGACUCACCCGUUGGCCCCCCAAAGCCAAGUCACUGCCAGUGCCAAAAACCAGACUGUACACAUCUGCUGCCCGUUUCUGGGACAGAAGGUCGGGAUCCGGACCCGAGCACGUCUUCGGGGCCUUCUGUCCUGGUGUCCUCUAUCCCCUUACAUCUAAAAACCCACUGCUGCCACCAGGGACAUUCUCCCGCAGCUCUCGGACGGAGCUGUGGGCGAGACCACCCUUCUGUUCGUUUCCACCAGAGCUUGGACCUUCAGGAUGAUCGGAGCGUCCGCAUCCACUUCGGCCAAAGCUCGGGCUUCUGCUGCUCUCCCCCUGAACUUCACCCCGCCCUCCUUCCCGUACCUCUAAUUCUGGACUCGGGAGGUAUAGACGACUGGCCCUGCUGUGCCGGGGCCCAUGUUGUGUGGCAAAAGCGGGUGCAGGAGGCCCACUCCGAGCCUCAUCUCCUGGGGACCAAGACCUCGAUUGAGAGACCUCCUUGCAGGUCCCAGCAUGGCCUUGCUGCAGACCGCAACACAGACAGUUGUUUAUACUGCCAAAAAAUGUACCACAAUCAGGGAUCUGAAGAGGAGUCUGGUGUGUGAGAACUUGUUUCCCUAAUAUGACGCUGCUAUACAGAGCCAGAAUGGAUGAUCCUCUUAGUUGCUCGCACUCUUGCCUGCUGCCACGUACAGUCAUUCUGCUUGCCAAGUCUUCGAUUCCCUCUUCAGAGUGUCUCAUGAACAUCAUUUGGUUUCGAAUGCUUGAUGACGAGAUUCCGGGCUCAAUCACGAAACAAAUUAGCACCUAACGCACAUUCGGUUGCUUUGCAUGACCAUCCGGAGUUGAUGGGAACACCCCCCACAAAGGGUUUAAAGUGUGGUAUGGGUGGGAAAAGGGGCUCUUGUUCUGGCUGCUGUCGCUCACGGGGUCAGACUCCAUGUGUGCGUGGCUCACCUAAUUCAGAAGAACUUGAUUUUGCUCGCCGCGGUACCUUCAUUCAUUCACUCACGUGAUCGACAUCUUCCUCCUUGCUGAGUCGAGCCUCAGCUGAUCAAACUUUUCUCUAAGCCUACCUCAGCUCAGAAUUUGUCUUGCCUCACACAGGGUUUUCUUUCAAGGUACUGCUGUAGUUUUUUUUUUUUUUAAAUCAAAUCCAAGUAGCUCUCACAACCUAAAAAGAUAUCAUGUUGCUCAUUUGGCAGAGGGAAAGGUUGAUUCAGGUGAAAGUUCAGUGAGGUCGCUAAGCCUUCCGCGGGCCUUGUUUUCAAUACAGUACUUCAAUAAUGGCAGCUCCUUUCAGCAUUUUUUUGUGCGUGGUUUUAUUUUUUAUUUUUUUUGUUUGGUUGUUUUUGGUACAAUAUUCCUUUAAUUUGUCCAAAUGACUGAAUAGUGUUGCCGCCAUGACAAGCAACUGUCUCCUUGGCACUUUGCAUCUGAGGGAUGACCUUUUUUGAUCUUUUCUGCUCAGCUCAUUACCCCCCGCCCACCCCCCUAAUCUUCUCCAGCAACUGAAGCUCCUCAAAAUUGUUUUACAUUGUAACCUUAGAAAACACUCAGUGCCUUUAAAUCUUCUACAUACCAGUGGUAUAAAGCCUAACGAGAGGCAGACUUUCCUGCAGGGUGCCAUAGCUCAGAAGUGCCACGUGCUGUUGAAAUGACGCAUGAAACGAAUUAUAAAACCGGUGUCUCAUUGAGCAGCAACGGUUUGCAAGUUUGUGCAAGUUUUUUUUUUUCUUUCAAUCCAAUUUUGCGAACGGUUGCAAAGACCUUUGCCAGACAUUCCCAACCAAUUUUGCCGGUCGCAAACAGUUUUUCCAAAUUUUGAACAUGUUCCGUCAAGAAAAAAAAAAAUUAGAUCAUUAAAACUGUUGGCAAACGUCUUUGCGAGCUUGAAAGGACCCUGAUGAAAAAACCAACUUCGGUAUGGGCGUACACACUUGCAAACCUUCGCCACUCAGUGAGGUUCGGCCAUUCGGGGAGGAUCCUGAGGAAAGACCCCGUCUCAGUGAUCGGCAAACAAUUGCAAUAUUUACGAAGGCAGCGAACGUUGCACUUUGGACCGGGUUCGUUUUGGUUCGUUUGAGCUCGCAAAUGAUCGCUGAAAGCUUGCCAGGCUUUCAGCAGAUGUCAACCUAUACUUUUCCUGUCGCAGGGGAAUUUAGAGCAACAUUUCUUUGCAACAAGAACAACUACCUAAACUGUUGGCAAAGGUUUUGCAAACAUUUGUGACCUUGAACGAACCCUGACUACCUCUGUCGAAUUUUGCUACUGUCUCCAAGAAUCACAAUCGUUGCCCCCUCAUUGGGGGAGGUGCUGAAUGUCUCAGUCAUUGCCAUACACUGGAAAUUCAGUAAUUCAGUUAAAUCAAAGCCGGUUAAAAAGUGGGGGCCCCACUGAAAAAAAAUAAAAUAAAGGGGCUCCUCGGUUGUGUUCCUACAGUGGCCAAAAAUUGUACGAAAGUGUCACCUAUGAAAUGGAAAAACGGUGAGUCACCAAACGUGCUUUCUUGUGCCCCGAGACGAUAUCGUUUGUAACCGCAAACUGUCAUGUGAAAUUGUAAACCGAGGACCCCUGUAUCGGGGAAAAAUAUCUUUCCAGAAAAAAAAGGAAAACGACUACAAUUAAAAGAGUAGAAUCGUGACCCCAAGUCAAAAUAUUCGAAGGUUAUUCUUGCAAGGAGGAAAGUGAACAAUUUCAAGCAUAAAGUAGAAUUAUUUCAAGACAAAAGUUGUUUUUACGAGAUGAAGUCAGGAUUUUACAAACUUGAGUUUAAAACCGAGAGGGAAAAAAAACCUGAGUAUACCAUUGUGAAUAAUGCGAUAGUUUUAAUUUGACAAGAAGAAAAUACAUUUGUUUGAAGAUUAAAAAAUGAACUACGAUGAAAUCUUUGGAUUGUAUGAGGACAAAGAUGGCGUAGGUAGUUACUUGAAUUGCAAAAUGCUUGCUUUCACGUGAGCUCUCGACACAACAGGAUCGACACAACAGGAUCACUGUUUUGUCACACAUAGCCUACUUUUGUAUGAUCACCAACUACAUCUGUGUGAAACAAAUAUUAAUAUAUGGCAUGCUUCAAGAGGGACCGACACAGCAGCUGCUUUUCUUGUAAAAAUGAUAUUUGUCUUUUAAAGAUUACCACUUGCCAUGAUCAGUUGAGUUUGUGUUGAAAAAGUAUUUUUUGUUUUCCUCGUGACAUUCUGACCUUUGUCUUGGAAUAUUACAUCUUUAUUCUUGCAAUAGUUUUGACUUAGUUACAUAACAUUUUCAUGCUUUUCCCGUAAUCCCCGUAACUUGAGGCCAUUAACAGAGCAAAAUGUUGCUUCUCGGCGUGUCCCUUAAAAUCCCUCGGUCGACGUUUACCCGUCGUCGUAUUUUGUCACUGUCAAAUAUGCGUUAUCAACUGACACCAAGUUGACAGUCGCCCAGCCAUUGAUUUGCUCAGAGCCCUUUUAGUCACUCAACACUUGACCUUUGCAGAUACAACCAUAGCACGACCGAUUCUUUCUCCACAUUUGCAGUUUCCCCCUGCUCCGUACAAGUCUGGUAGUAGUUCUCAUGACCCCUUCUUGCCUUGCCUUACUUUAACUUUGACAAAGGGCAGUUUUACCGCAAAUAUACUUUAGUGCAAAUUGACGUUAAAAGCUUGCGGGCAUUGCAAUGUAACUGGUAGCACUUAGCGGAGCCUCAUAUGUGCCUUACGCGUUCACGAGCCACAUCGCAGAUGUUCUCUGCUCUCUAUGGCCAGCCAAGGAAGCCAAAUCAAAACGGUGCCUUUCUCGAACGUCUCCUUUUUUCCUACACCUCCACCAAUUGAAGUAAAAUGAAAGUGGUAAUCAUUUUGGACUCGAAAGGACAAUCAUGGAGACAUACUGUACCUAUGAACAUGCUUUACACUAAUCUCAGCUAAAGAAUCCGGGCGUCCUUGCCUCUUUUUUUAUUUUAUCCCUGGUCGCUUUCUCUGCCAUGGAUGUGACUGAAUUCAACAGCACUUUGGGUGAAGCACAUGUAUAAAAAUCCAGAAAUAAAAUACGACGUAUUAUAAAAAUAAUUUUAAAAAAUUUAAACAAGCCAAAAAGGCAGAGCAUUGAAUUUUCAUACAAUUACAAACAAUUCUGUUUGUCUAUGUUUUGCAAGAAUUUUAAGCUUAACACUGCCUUUUUUUGUGCAAAAAAGUGCAAAAAAAAUCUCUCCAAAACCCAAAGGGAUCUCUCAGUAGAUUUUCGAUACUUGUGUACAAAAAGAAUACAACAGAAACAAAUAGUGUUGUAUUUUAUAUAUAUAUACACAAAUAUAUAUAUAAUAGAACAUUUCAAUACAGUGACAUGUCACUGAUGUAUUUAUUUACUAAUAUAUAUUUAUCCAUUUUGUCCAGGUUUGAAAGGGUGGUUUCUGUAUAGGUCUUUUUUUUCUGUAUGGAAACUAACCACAGUACCAUCACAAAUGUAUCAACCUGUCUUCAUUCCAAUUAUAUGAAAAUAAAUUAUUUUGAAAUAAA